ACCCUCCUCCUUUUCCCGCUUUUCCAUGCUGUGAAAGUUUAAAACGAAAGCAGAGAAAUUCAGUGAGUAAAUUGAAUGCCGAGGGACAGGGAUCCGCUGGUGGUAGGGCGGGUGAUAGGUGAUGUGUUGGAUCCUUUCACGAGGUCGAUCCCGCUGAGGGUGACUUACAUGAACAGCAGGGAUGUCAACAACGGCUGCGAGCUCAAACCUUCUCAGGUUGCCAACCAACCCCGCGUCGACAUUGGCGGGGAGGACCUUAGGACCUUCUACACUCUGGUAGUUAUGGUGGAUCCGGACGCGCCAAGCCCCAGUGACCCUAACUUGAGGGAAUACUUACACUGGCUGGUGACAGAUAUUCCAGCCACUACCGGGGCAAGCUUUGGGCAAGAAGUGGUGUGCUACGAGAGCCCGCGGCCGUCGGUGGGGAUUCACCGGUUCGUAUUCAUACUGUUCCGGCAACUGGGCCGGCAGACGGUUUACGCGCCCGGUUGGCGCCAGAACUUCAACACCCGAGACUUCGCCGAGCUCUACAACCUGGGCUCGCCGGUGGCCGCCGUCUACUUCAACUGCCAAAGGGAGAGCGGCUCCGGGGGAAGGCGGCGAUGAUCCAUCCGGCCGGCCGGCCGGCAGCACACGAAGAGAAAAACACACACAACACUAUAUAGUUAAUUAUUUGUGAACGCCCAACGAAGAAAAGGUUACUAUACAUAAACACGUACCUACGUACGUACGAUGCCCACUCUUCCCUUAGUUACACUUGUGUCCUAUAAAGAUACUGAUAGUCAUAGUAAUAGUAAUAGUUAGUACUAAUAAUAAUAAAAGGAAACGAAAAGUGGCGAGUCUGUUAAUGGCGACUUUGUUCCACGAAUAUACUUACUUAUUGGUAGGUUAUUUUACCAGUUUCA